GAAUCAAUGGCGGUCUGUAUCAUACUUGUAUGUGUGUGUCUGCAUCGGUCUGCAUAGUUAUAAAAUGGCUGUGUGUAGGCUGGUGUGGUAGUUGUUUAAUGGUUUUGGAAAUGUUUGCGUUAGGGUGCAGUUACGUUGAUGCAGAACCUUCGUUGAAGAAUUUAAGUGCAGAUUUCGGAAAAAUUCCAGAAAAGCAAGAUGAUUUGCUUCAGUCGCUUGGUGCUCCGCAUGUGGAGUCUUUCAAUUACGUCCUAAGAGAAGGGCUGGAUAAAGCAGUGAAAGAUAUUUUGCCUAUAGAAUUUGAAUUACAAAAUGGUGACCGUAUCCGCAUUAAGUUUGAGAGUGCAAAAUUAUGUUCACCUGUUGUUCCACCUGGUUCAUAUGGUGUUAAGUCACCAUAUAUAUUUCCUACUGAAUGUCGACAGCGUGGUAUCACAUACAAAGGACACCUCAUAACUAAGCUGUCAUUUAAAAUUAAUGAUGUUCAGCUGGCACUUGUUGAGAAAGAUUUGGGCCAGAUCCCAAUUAUGGUGAAGUCAGAUGCAUGCCAUCUGUCAAAACUGAAUCCCAGUCAGUUGAUUGCAAAGGGAGAACAUGCAGAAGAGUGGGGUGGAUAUUUCAUAAUUGGAGGACACGAACGUCUCAUCCGGAUGCUGCAGAUGACCCGGAGGAAUUAUCCUUUUGCCGUCACAAGAUCAUCUUGGAAGCAGCGUGGGUCUCUCUUUUCUGACCUGGGCAUCAUGAUACGCUGUGUCAAGGAUGAUCAGACUUCAACUAACAAUGUGUUGCAUUUUGUGAGAGAUGGUUCGGCAAAACUGAUGUUCAGCUACAAACGCAACCUCUAUUACACACCCAUCAUGCUUAUCUUGAAGUGUCUUCUUGAUGUAUGUGACGAGUACAUAAUGCAUCAGCUCAUGGCGGGUUAUGAGGAGGACACCUACAUGAAAGGGUGUCUGAUGAACAUGAUGCAAGCUCUGCAUGAAGAAGGAAUACAUACUCACCAUGAAGCAAAGAGCUACAUUGGAAAGACAUUCAAAGCUAGAUUCUAUGAUGUAGCAUCCUGGACAACAGAUGAAGAAAUAUGUGAUUUUGUAAUUAGGCAUUCGUUGGCUAUUCAUCUGGAUAACAACGAGGAUAAAUUCAACUUAUACAUACUGAUGAUGCAGAAGCUGUUUUCUGUAGUGCAGAACAAAUGUUGUGUGGAAGGUGGAGAUGGGCUGAUGAUGCAUGAACUUCUUCUUGGUGGUCACCUGUACCUCCAGUUAAUCAAAGAUAAGAUGCAAGUUUGGCUGCAGGUUCUCAAAUCUAUAAUUUUGAAAAAAGCUAAACCAACUGCUGGUUUCACCUUAACUAACAGUGAGCUGAAUUGGGCAUUAAAGAAAAGUGGCACCAUCGAAUCCUCACUAAAUGCCUUCUUUGCAACUGGAAACCUUCAUACUUCAUCAGGACUUGGACUUCUACAGGACAAAGGUUUGACAGUUUUGGCUGAAAAUAUCAAUCGCAUGCGUUACAUGUCCCACUUCCGAUCUGUACAUAGAGGUGCGUUCUUCCAGGAAAUGAGAACUUCUGAACCACGGCAGCUGCUACCUGAAGCUUGGGGGUUCAUUUGUCCUGUUCACACUCCUGAUGGGGCACCUUGUGGGUUGUUGAACCAUUUAACUAAAUACUGUGAAGUGACAAGUACCCCUGACCCACAGAUAGUUGCCAACAUUCCAUCUGUGUUGGUAUCUUUAGGAAUGGUCCCUCUUAAAGGCGUCAGACUUAUUACUCUGAACCAUAAUGAACAGUUUGUUGUGUUGCUUGAUGGCAAAGUGCUUGGACAUGUUGAGAAAAGAGAAGCUCCGAGAUUAGUAGAUCGACUGCAUAUUUUGAAGACUGAUGGAAAGAGAGUGCCACAGACUUUAGAGAUUGUUCUUGUUCCAAUGGGAAGAAAGUGUGGGCAGUUUCCAGGCUUGUUCCUCUUCACUGGACCAGCUCGUAUGAUGCGUCCAGUCAUCAAUCUAGCAGCUCAGAAGGUCGAGCUCAUUGGCACCUUUGAGCAAGUUUACAUGGACAUCUGUAUCUAUCCAAAAGAAGCAUACGAAGGGAUAACCACUCACCAAGAAGUGACAGACACCAGUUUCCUGAGCAAUUUGGCAUGCCUUAUUCCAUUGCCAGACUGCAAUCAGAGUCCGCGUAACAUGUACCAAUGUCAGAUGGGGAAACAGACUAUGGGAACUCCAUGCCACACAUGGCACCUCCAAGCUGAGACUAAACUCUACCGGCUUCAGACACCAGCAAGUCCAUUUUUUCGGACAGGUCACUAUGACCUAGUUGGCUUAGAUGAAUUUGCAAUGGGAACUAAUGCUGUUGUUGCUGUUAUUUCAUAUACAGGAUAUGAUAUGGAAGAUGCCAUGAUCAUCAAUAAAGCUUCGUAUGAACGAGGGUUUGCUCAUGGCUCUGUUUACAAAUCUGAGUUUAUUGAGCUGAAGUCGCAAAAGUCACAUUUUGGCUUGGAUCCUGAGCGACCAGAACUACAGGCCUACUUGGACUCAGAUGGGCUGCCCCACCCCGGUAUAUUGCUCAAGGAGGGACAACCUUAUUGUUGCUAUUAUGAUGAUGAUGAAGCAAAAUUUCAAAUUGAAAAAUGGAAAGGGAAAGAAGAUACAUAUAUUGAUAUUGUGAGGUUAUGUGGAACAUUAUCUUCUCAAGAAGCAACUAAAGCCUGCAUUGUCUUCAGAAUACCACGUAAUCCAUCUGUAGGAGAUAAAUUUGCGAGUCGGGCUGGUCAGAAAGGAAUCUGCAGUUAUCUUUGGCCAGAACAGGACUUGCCAUAUACAGAGACUGGUCUGAUUCCAGAUAUAGUGUUCAAUCCACAUGGCUUCCCUUCUCGAAUGACAAUCGCUAUGAUGAUUGAGGUAAUGGCGGGGAAGUCUGCUGCACUGCAUGGUUUGGUCCAUGAUGCUACACCUUUCAGAUUUUCAGAAGAGGAUACAGCUAUGGAUUACUUUGGCAAGAUGUUGGAAGCUGGAGGCUACAAUUAUUAUGGCACAGAAAAAAUGUAUAGUGGUAUUGAUGGAUGUGAAAUGAAGGCUGAUAUUUUCUUUGGAAUAGUUCACUAUCAACGAUUGAGACACAUGGUGUCCGACAAGUGGCAGGUACGUAGUACAGGACCCAUUGAUGUACUGACCCAUCAGCCAGUGAAGGGCAGACGACGAGGGGGUGGAGUUAGAUUUGGAGAAAUGGAGCGUGACUCGCUGCUGUCCCAUGGAUCUGCAUUCCUCCUCCAGGAUCGCCUCUUUCAUUGUUCAGAUAAAACGACGAUGAUGUUGUGUCAGACAUGUGGCAGCAUCCUGACCCCAGUGAUUAUUGUGCAGCGGCAUGGAGAUCAGUAUCAGCAAGAGGUUCAUUGUAAGGUUUGCCAGGAAAAGGGGAAAGUGGAGGAAGUUGAAAUGCCAUACAUUUUCCGUUACCUGGUUGCGCAGUUGGCUUCGGUCAACAUCAAGAUCAAAAUUGAUGUCAUUGAACAGUGAGGUGUGUUGUCUCUCACAUGUUUACUCUAGUGGUAUAGUUUUCAGGGAUGUAAGAUGCAUUUUCAUUUCAGACUCGAAGAGUUUGUGAAUUCUGUUUGAAUUUUGGUAUUAAGUCUGGAACAAAGUACAGUCUUUAUUCCCACACACCACAGUUAUUGUCUGUUGUGUGGUAUAGUAUAUUUGAUAUGCUGUAUGUGAUGUUCAAUGAGGUGAUUCUGUGCUUGACUUCAGGGGCUUCUUGUCAAUAUAUUAGCAGUUUUGUAUGUAUGUCCCCAUGGCUGAUGGCCCUCUGGG